UGGUCAUCAGCAAUAUUUUUCUUUUAGCUCGAUAUCACAUGCAAUCAAUGCUAUUUGAUGGAAUGGAGUCGGUCUUAAAACCUAUAAAUGUAAGGCGUCCACUCAAAUUUCGUGUUAUCCUCUGGCUAGGUUCAUCAUUUCCAGAUAUCCCCCUCCGAGCGUCAAGCUCAGUGGUCCUCGUUCCUAUGGCAAGACGUAGCUGUCGUCAGGAUGCAGAGCCAGUCCAGGUAGAGUUUAUGCAACGUUCAAAAGCGAAAAA